AUGAAAAAACUCGUCGAGUCAUGUGUCGAGGGAGCAAAAGUGCUUGAUCUGUGCGUCGAGGGCGACAAGCUGCUCGAGCAGGGCACCGGCGCCGUGUACAACAAGGGAGUGAAGGGAGUGAAGGUCCCUAAGGGCAUCGCGUUCCCGACCUCCGUCUCCGUCAACAACGCGGUCGCACACUUCUCUCCCCUCCCUUCGGACCCUGCAUCGUCACAAACGCUCGUAAAGGGCGAUGUCGUUAAGCUGCAGCUCGGCGCGCACAUCGAUGGCUUUGCGGCGGUGAGUGCGGAGACCCUUGUGGUCGGCGCGACGGCGGAGGAUCCAGUGACCGGCAGGCGGGCGGACGUGCUUCAGGCGGCGUAUACCGCAGCGGAGAUCGCGAAACGGCUCGUCAAGGUUGGCAACAAAAACUGGACGAUCACCGAUACCGUGAACAAGGUGACCGCAGCGUGGGGUUGCAAGCCGGUAGAAGGAAUGCUCUCGUGCCAGCAGUCGCAGAAUGUCAUUGAUGGCAAGAAACGUAUCAUCCUUAACCCGACGGAGGCGCAGAAGAAGGAAUUUGAAACCGUCACCUUCGCAGAAAACGAGGUGUAUGGCAUUGACAUUCUGGUUUCAUCAGGAGAGGAUGGCAAGGCUCGCCUCGAAGAGUCGAAGACCACGAUUUACCAAAAGGAGUCCACUGUCACCUAUCAAUUGAAGAUGAAGACGUCGCGUGCCGUGUUCUCUGAGGUGCAAAGGAAGGCUGGCGCCUUCCCUUUCAACAUUCGCUGUCUGGAAGAUGAGAAGCGUUCACGGUUGGGGCUGCAAGAAGCCGUGCAGCACGGCCUAGUAAAGCCUUACGAGGUCAUCUAUACCCCGGCGAACACGUUCGUUGCAGGCUUCCACUUCACGAUUGCUCUCCUACCUGCUGGGCCUACGCUGAUCACGCAAUCUCCUAUAUGGUACAAGCCGGAGCUCGUCAAGACAGAGAAGGGUCUGGAGGACGAGGAGCUGAAGGAGCUGCUGGAGAAGCCACUUCGAGAGGACAAGAAGUCAAAGAAGAAGAAGGCAAAGGCGACAGAUGGCGAGGCAGCAGAGCCGGAGGCGGCGACGGUAGCGGAGUAAGCUCGCGCGUAGCGACGAGAUGGACUUGUAAUCAAUCGCACGUUGCUAUCGCAUCAAAGAAUGUAUCGUCAGGCCCCCUACUCCGUGAAUGUCACAAUCACAGCUACGCCGUCUGUCUCCGCUCUGCGUCUCCACCGAAUUCUCCGAUAGUCCGGACGACGAGGUCGACGUUCUCCAGGAAUGCGUUCACUGUGAGACGUGCGAGCCUGACCGUCAACGUCGUGAUGCUCGCGACGAGGUCGUUGCCUUCUACUGCCAGCGUCUUCUUCACGGCCUGAGGUUGCAGUUCUCGAUCGACUUCGAGCACCUGCUUCGCG